CCGGCAUUGUCUGUGGGCGCACAGCAGUUUACUUGGGUGUCGUCACACUCCUGGCCCCACCCGUCACCCCCUCUUUCCAGGGGCGCCUUCUGCCCCAGCGCACCACCCCCCUGCUGUUGUAAGAGACGGCCAGGCCCUGCUCCAGAACCUCGUCCUGGCGGUUCCCCCUGGCCGGGCUGCCUGCCUGUGCCCAGGUGCCAGCCAGGCUGCUGCUCGGGUCAGAGGCUGCUGUCUCCGUGCCGCCUGCUCUGCCACCUGCACCAGUGGGGAGAUGUUGAAGUUCAAGUAUGGGGCACGGACCCCACAGGAUGCCGGUGCUGCAGAAGCCAUCGCCAGCCGUGCCUCCAGGCUGAAUCUUUUCUUUCAGGGGAAACCACCCUUUAUGACUCAACAGCAGAUGUCUCCUCUUUCCCGAGAAGGGAUAUUAGAUGCCCUCUUUGUUCUCUUCGAAGAGUGCAGUCAGCCUGCUCUGAUGAAGAUCAAACAUGUGAGCAACUUUGUCCGGAAGUAUUCUGACACCAUAGCUGAUCUACGGGAACUUCAGCCUUCGGCCAAGGACUUUGAAGUCCGAAGUCUCGUAGGUUGUGGCCACUUUGCUGAAGUGCAGGUGGUGAGGGAGAGAGCCACCGGGGACGUCUAUGCCAUGAAAGUCAUGAAGAAGAAGGCCUUGUUGGCCCAGGAGCAGGUUUCAUUUUUUGAGGAAGAACGGAACAUAUUAUCUCGGAGCACGAGCCCUUGGAUCCCCCAGUUACAGUAUGCUUUUCAGGACAAAAAUAACCUUUAUCUGAUCAUGGAAUAUCAGCCUGGAGGGGACUUGCUGUCACUUUUGAAUAGAUAUGAGGACCAAUUAGAUGAAAACAUGAUUCAGUUUUACCUGGCUGAACUGAUUUUGGCUGUUCACAGUGUUCAUCAGAUGGGAUAUAUACAUCGAGAUAUCAAACCUGAGAACAUUCUCAUUGACCGAAUGGGACACAUCAAGUUGGUAGAUUUUGGAUCAGCUGCUAAAAUGAACUCAAAUAAGACGGUGAAUGCCAAACUCCCAAUUGGGACUCCGGAUUACAUGGCGCCCGAGGUGCUGACUGUGAUGAAUGGGGAUGGAAAGGGCGUCUAUGGGCUGGACUGUGACUGGUGGUCGGUGGGAGUGAUCACUUAUGAGAUGGUUUAUGGAAGGUCCCCGUUCACUGAGGGGACCUCGGCCAGAACCUUCAGCAACAUCAUGAAUUUCCAGCGCUUUUUGAAGUUUCCGGAUGACCCCAAAAUCAGCAGUGAAUUACUUGAUCUGAUUCAAAGUUUGUUGUGUGGCCAGAGAGAGAGACUGAAGUUUGAAGGCCUUUGCUGUCAUCCCUUCUUCUCUAAGAUUGACUGGAAAAACAUUCGUAACUCUCCUCCCCCCUUCGUUCCCACCCUCAAGUCUGAUGAUGACACCUCCAAUUUUGAUGAACCAGAGAAGAAUUCGUGGGUUUCAUCCUCUCCGUGCCAGCUGAGCCCCUCAGGUUUCUCGGGCGAAGAACUGCCGUUUGUGGGGUUUUCGUACAGCAAGGCACUGGGGAUUCUUGGUAGAUCUGAGUCUGUUGUGUCGGGUCUGGACUCCCCUGCCAAGACUAGCUCCAUGGAAAAGAAACUUCUCAUCAAAAGCAAAGAGCUGCAAGACUCCCAGGACAAGUGCCACAAGAUGGAGCAGGAAAUGACCCGGUUACAUCGGAGAGUGUCAGAGGUGGAGGCUGUGCUUAGUCAGAAGGAGGUGGAGCUGAAGGCCUCUGAGACUCAGCGAUCCCUCCUGGAGCAGGACCUUGCUACCUACAUCACAGAAUGCAGUAGCUUAAAGCGAAGUCUGGAGCAAGCACGGAUGGAGGUGUCCCAGGAGGAUGACAAAGCGCUGCAGCUUCUCCAUGAUAUCAGAGAGCAGAGCCGGAAGCUCCAAGAAAUCAAAGAGCAGGAGUACCAGGCUCAAGUGGAAGAAAUGAGGCUGAUGAUGAAUCAGCUGGAAGAGGACCUCGUUUCCGCAAGAAGACGGAGCGAUCUCUACGAGUCUGAGCUGAGAGAGUCUCGGCUUGCUGCCGAGGAGUUCAAGCGGAAAGCGACAGAGUGUCAGCACAAGCUCCUGAAGGCUAAGGAUCAAGGAAAGCCUGAAGUGGGAGAAUAUUCCAAACUGGAGAAGAUCAAUGCCGAGCAGCAAAUCAAAAUUCAGGAGCUCCAAGAGAAGCUGGAGAAGGCGGUAAAAGCCAGCACAGAGGCCACUGAGCUACUGCAGAAUAUCCGCCAGGCCAAGGAAAGAGCCGAGCGUGAGCUGGAGAAACUGCAGAAUCGCGAGGACUCUUCAGAAGGCAUCAAAAAGAAGCUGGUUGAAGCCGAGGAACGCCGCCAUUCUCUGGAGAACAAGGUAAAGAGGCUAGAGACCGUGGAGCGUAGAGAAAACAGACUGAAGGAUGACAUCCAGACAAAAUCCCAACAGAUCCAGCAGAUGGCUGAUAAAAUUCUGGAGCUAGAAGAGAAGCACCGGGAGGCCCAGGUCUCAGCCCAGCACUUGGAGGUGCACCUGAAACAGAAGGAGCAGCACUAUGAGGAAAAAAUUAAAGUGCUGGACAAUCAGAUAAAGAAAGAUCUGGCUGAUAAGGAGACGCUGGAGAAUCUGAUGCAGAGACACGAAGAGGAGGCCCACGAGAAGGGCAAAAUUCUCAGCGAGCAGAAGGCGAUGAUCAAUGCUAUGGAUUCCAAGAUCCGAUCCCUGGAACAGAGGAUUGUGGAGCUGUCAGAAGCCAAUAAACUUGCCGCAAACAGCAGUCUUUUCACCCAGAGGAACAUGAAGGCCCAGGAAGAGAUGAUAUCAGAACUCAGGCAACAGAAGUUUUACCUGGAGACACAGGCUGGUAAAUUGGAGGCCCAGAACCGAAAGCUGGAGGAACAGCUGGAAAAAAUCAGCCACCAAGACCACAGUGAUAAGAGCCGGCUGCUGGAGCUGGAGACAAGGUUGAGGGAGGUCAGCCUAGAGCACGAGGAGCAGAAACUGGAGCUCAAGCGCCAGCUCACAGAGCUGCAGCUCUCCCUUCAAGAGCGUGAGUCCCAGCUGACAGCCCUGCAGGCUGCCCGGGCUGCUCUGGAAAGCCAGCUUCGCCAGGCGAAGACAGAGCUGGAAGAGACAACAGCAGAAGCAGAAGAAGAGAUCCAGGCGCUCACGGCACAUAGAGAUGAAAUCCAGCGCAAAUUUGAUGCCCUUCGUAACAGCUGUACUGUAAUCACAGACCUGGAGGAGCAGCUGAACCAACUGACUGAGGACAACGCUGAGCUCAACAACCAAAAUUUCUACUUGUCCAAACAACUCGAUGAGGCUUCCGGCGCCAAUGAUGAGCUGGUACAGCUGCGAAGCGAAGUGGACCAUCUCCGCCGCGAGAUCACGGAGAGGGAGAUGCAGCUCACCAGCCAGAAGCAAACGAUGGAGGCCCUGAAGACCACCUGCACGAUGCUGGAAGAACAGGUCAUGGACCUGGAGGCCCUGAAUGAUGAGCUGCUGGAGAAGGAGCGGCAGUGGGAGGCAUGGAGGAGCGUCCUGGGCGACGAGAAGUCCCAGUUUGAGUGUCGGGUUCGAGAGUUACAGAGGAUGCUGGACACCGAGAAGCAGAGCAGGGCCAGAGCCGAUCAACGAAUCACUGAGUCGCGCCAGGUGGUCGAGCUGGCUGUGAAGGAGCACAAGGCCGAGAUUCUCGCUCUGCAGCAGGCUCUCAAAGAACAGAAGCUGAAAGCCGAGAGCCUCUCCGACAAGCUCAAUGACCUGGAGAAGAAACAUGCCAUGCUUGAAAUGAAUGCCCGGAGUUUACAGCAGAAACUGGAGACGGAACGAGAGCUCAAGCAGAGGCUUCUGGAGGAGCAAGCCAAACUGCAGCAGCAGAUGGACCUACAGAAGAACCAUAUUUUCCGUCUGACUCAAGGGCUGCAAGAAGCUCUAGAUCGGGCUGAUCUGCUGAAGACAGAAAGGAGUGAUCUGGAAUACCAGCUAGAGAACAUUCAGGUUCUCUAUUCUCAUGAAAAGGUGAAGAUGGAAGGCACUAUUUCUCAACAAACCAAACUCAUUGAUUUUCUGCAAGCCAAAAUGGACCAGCCCGCUAAAAAGAAAAAGGGUUUAUUUAGUCGACGGAAAGAGGACCCUGCUUUGCCCACACAGGUUCCUCUGCAGUACAAUGAGCUGAAGGUGGCUCUGGAGAAGGAGAAAGCUCGCUGUGCAGAGCUAGAGGAAGCCCUCCAGAAGACACGCAUCGAGCUCCGGUCUGCCCGGGAGGAAGCUGCCCACCGGAAAGCCACAGACCACCCACACCCGUCCACGCCAGCCACCGCCCGGCAGCAGAUCGCCAUGUCUGCCAUCGUGCGAUCACCUGAGCACCAGCCCAGUGCCAUGAGCCUGCUCGCGCCCCCCUCCAGCCGCAGAAAGGAGUCUGCAACCCCAGAGGAAUUCAGUCGGCGUCUCAAGGAACGCAUGCACCAUAAUAUUCCUCACCGAUUUAACGUGGGACUGAACAUGCGAGCCACAAAGUGUGCCGUGUGCCUGGACACCGUGCACUUCGGACGCCAAGCCUCCAAGUGUCUCGAGUGUCAGGUGAUGUGUCAUCCCAAGUGCUCCACGUGCUUGCCGGCGACCUGUGGCCUGCCUGCCGAAUAUGCCACACACUUCACUGAGGCCUUCUGCCGUGACAAAAUGAACUCCCCAGGUCUCCAGACCAAGGACCCCAGCAGCAGCUUGCACCUGGAAGGCUGGAUGAAGGUGCCCAGAAACAACAAACGAGGACAGCAGGGCUGGGACAGGAAGUACAUUGUCCUGGAGGGGUCUAAAGUCCUCAUCUACGACAAUGAAGCCAGAGAAGCUGGACAGAGGCCGGUGGAAGAAUUUGAGCUGUGCCUUCCCGACGGGGACGUAUCUAUUCAUGGCGCCGUUGGUGCUUCUGAACUCGCAAACACAGCCAAAGCAGAUGUCCCAUACGUACUGAAGAUGGAAUCCCACCCACACACCACCUGCUGGCCCGGGAGAACCCUCUACUUGCUGGCUCCCAGCUUCCCCGACAAGCAGCGCUGGGUCACCGCCUUAGAAUCAGUUGUCGCAGGUGGGAGAGUUUCUAGGGAAAAAGCAGAAGCAGAUGCUGGCCCUGGCUGCAUUUCCUAUGAGCUUCUGCCUGCGUGGGUUCAGAAACUGCUUGGAAACUCCCUGCUCAAACUGGAAGGCGAUGACCGCCUGGACAUGAACUGCACACUGCCCUUCAGCGACCAGGUGGUGUUGGUGGGCACUGAGGAAGGGCUCUAUGCACUGAAUGUCUUGAAAAACUCGCUCACCCACGUCCCGGGCAUUGGCGCCGUCUUCCAAAUCUAUAUCAUCAAGGACCUGGAGAAGCUGCUCAUGAUAGCAGGUGAAGAGCGGGCCCUGUGUCUCGUCGAUGUGAAGAAAGUGAAGCAGUCCCUGGCACAGUCUCACCUGCCUGCCCAGCCGGACAUCUCACCCAACAUCUUUGAAGCUGUCAAGGGCUGCCACUUGUUUGCUGCUGGCAAGAUUGAGAAUGGGCUUUGCAUCUGCGCAGCCAUGCCCAGCAAAGUCAUCAUUCUACGCUACAAUGAAAACCUCAGCAAGUACUGCAUUCGGAAAGAGAUAGAGACCUCAGAGCCCUGCAGCUGUAUCCACUUCACCAACUACAGUAUCCUCAUCGGGACCAAUAAAUUCUACGAAAUCGACAUGAAGCAGUACACACUUGAGGAAUUCCUGGAUAAGAAUGACCACUCCUUGGCGCCUGCUGUCUUUGCCUCCUCUUCCAACAGUUUCCCUGUCUCGAUCGUGCAGGUGAACGGAGCAGGGCAGCGGGAGGAGUACCUGCUCUGCUUCCACGAAUUUGGGGUGUUCGUGGAUUCUUACGGAAGACGUAGCCGCACAGACGAUCUCAAAUGGAGUCGCUUACCUUUGGCCUUCGCUUACCGAGAACCCUAUCUAUUUGUGACCCACUUCAAUUCACUUGAAGUAAUCGAGAUCCAGGCCCGCUCCUCUCUGGGGACCCCCGCCCGAGCGUAUUUGGAAAUCCCAAACCCACGCUACCUGGGCCCUGCCAUUUCCUCAGGCGCAAUUUACCUGGCGUCCUCGUACCAGGAUAAAUUACGGGUCAUCUGCUGCAAAGGAAACCUUGUGAAGGAGUCCGGCACUGACCACCACCGGGGCCCCUCCACCUCCCGCAGCAGCCCCAACAAGCGAGGCCCGCCAACCUACAAUGAGCACAUCACCAAGCGCGUGGCCUCCAGCCCGGCGCCACCCGAAGGCCCCAGCCACCCGCGAGAGCCAAGCACACCCCACCGCUACCGGGAGGGGCGGACCGAGCUGCGCAGAGACAAGUCUCCUGGCCGCCCCCUGGAGCGGGAGAAGUCCCCUGGCCGGGUGCUCAGCACGCGGAGGGAACGGUCCCCCGGGAGGCUGUUUGAAGACAGCAGCAGGGGCCGGCUGCCCGUGGGGGCCGUGAGGACCCCACUGUCCCAGGUCAAUAAGGUCUGGGACCAGUCUUCAGUAUAAAUCUUAGCCAGGAAGACUGACUCCUCAUCGUAACCUGCGGGAGAACACCAGACACACGAUGGAACUCUGCUGAAAGGGACCCCAGCGCCCAUCUGCUCGGCCACCCACAGCGCAGCUGGACCCAGACCCAGCUCAGCACGGACACCCCUGCACUCAGGAGGUGCGGGGGGCUGCGGCGCCCCGGAGCCGUGGGCGCCCUCCUGCAGUCAUCCUCUCUGCACUUUGUUACUCUUUCAAAGCGUUCAUCAACUUUUGUACGUAGCCCUAGCCCGCCCCGGCCAGCAGCGGACGCGGCCACGCGGACCCCCAGAGGCUAGGCUCGAUGCCAGCAACGCUGAGAUCUGGGGCUGGUGGGUUCUUUCAGUUUGGUUUUUCUUUCCUUUGUUGGGUUUGUGUUUUGUUUUUUCUUUCUUUUUUUUUUUUUUUUAGACAACAGAAUUCUUAACAGGUUUGAACAGCAGUGUAUUUCCUGUCGCGUCCUAUUUAGCCAGACCACACCAUCAGGUCUGCGCCGCUGAGACGUAUCGUAGACGAGUCCCCGCCUGUUGGCUGAGCUCCCGAACCCAUAGCUUCGUCCUCGUCCCCACCCAUCCUCACAGGUGGCCCUGCUUCCGCCAGGGUGACAUCUUAGCCAAAUGUUUACUGUUCUCAUUGCCUUUUAAGGCCUUGACGACUUCCCCUCCCACCAGCUGAGAAUGUACGGAGGUCAUCGGGCCUCAGCUCGGAGGCAGUGACUUGGGGCCAAGGGACCUCGAGGAGCUUUCCCUCCCUGUCCCUCAGCGUCCUCUCCCUCGCCUGCUGUCCCUGCUUUCCUCGUAGCUUUGGCCAGGAAAGCAUGCAAUAGACUUGCUCCGAGCCCAGCAUUAUGGGGUCUCUGGGUCCAGGAGGGACCUCCUGUCCGCGGUGGCACGCUGUUCCCCGCACUUUGGGACGGGAGGAGACCCGCCUGGGAGUUCUGCAUGGCGGUCACUGCAUGUGCUGCCCCCGACCCGGCUGCCCCCCUUGGGUUGCUCUGCCAGUGUGCUAGCGCCAUCCCACAGCUCUCGCCGAAUCGAGACCCUCUGACGACUUGCCGACUCACUGGCCACCACAAGCUGCAGUCUGUAGCUCUGAACACACACAAAACCAAACGCUCAAGCCUUACGACCAGAGAAGGAUUUCCAGCAAACCACCACCUCACACUCUCACGCUUCCCUGCCAACCCCCUGGCGGAUGACUCUGUGUUCACAAAAUCCAGCACGGUUCUACCCCACGAAACUGUGACAUCCAAACGAGCCUUUCCCGAGGGCUAGGCUAAGACCAGGAGGUUUGAGAGAGAAGCCGCAGCUCAACUCCCCGCUCUGCCGGGGCGGGGGGUCCCCCUUAGGUGCAGUGCGGCUCCCACCGUUGCUCUCUCCCCUCUGUCAGAGCGCGGAACUCCUGGCAACUGGUAAAAAAAAAAACCAACCUAGAGGCUUUGCAGUUGGCAAGCUAACUAGCGGCCUUAUUUCUGCCUUUAAUCUCCUACAAGGCAUCUCUUGCUUCCAAUUCUCCAUGACUCUUAGGCACGCCUCGAACAACCAAGGCACAUCCUAGGUAAGCUGAAAGGUAGACCUGGUCCCACCGCAGCCGGUGAACCUGACCGUGUCCCCACCCGCCCGCGUGUCCACAGGUCACACACACCCCUUUCCAGACUGCACCUGGCCCAGAUCCCAGCUCCUUCCUGCUCGUCUCUCAACCUAAGUGCUUUCUUGUUGGAAACGCCCUUGAACCCCCGCGUCGUCGCCCCCUCGGCAAGUGUCAUGCUGUUGUGUUUUAUGUGUUGCUUGGAGUCUUUGGGGUCUUGCUGCAUCCCCUCCCUUCCCCAGGGCAGACCUGACUGAAUGUUUGCUGAGGUUUCUGUCUCUUGGUCCACAAGUAUUCGGAAAGGUCACACUGAAAACUGGUCUUUCAGUCUUGGCAUUUCAUUUAGGAUCUCCAUGAGAACGGGCUCCCCGAGCCCCGACAGUGCAUAGUGUCUGUCUCAUUUGUGAAAUGCUUCCUGCUCUAGAACUAGCUCAAAAGACUGUACAUAUUUACAAGAAACUUUAUAUUCGUAAAAAAAAAUAAUAAGGGAAUUGAAUUGGUUUCUACUUUUUUAUUGUAAAAGGUGCAUUUUUCAACACUUACUUUUUGGUUUUACCGGAGGCAGUGUGGACGGCCAUCUCCAGGGGAGGGUGGGGUCUGCGUGGCCGCCACCAGGCCAGCAGGAAAUCUCGAAACACGAAAUUGCAGUCAAAAGCUUAUUAGCAUAAAUAAGACUCUAGGUCUCCAAAAGUACAGGCUUUCCUUCAUUACCUUUUUUAUUCAGAAGGAGGAAAAGAAUACGAGGAACAAUUCAAGAUCCACCUCGAGAGGAAUGAACUUUGUUGUUGAAUAAGAGUGAAAUAAAGCAAUGAUCUAAAGUGUUUGCUCUAGCGCUCUGGCCUUUUCUUUUCCUUGAGAGGCACCGCAGGACAAUCUGAGUGGGGGCAGUGGCUGUGCAGGCCUGUGGCUGUGGAUGGAAUUGUCUUUCUUUUGUGGGGAGGCUUUUCCUGGGGCUGGAGGCCAAAAGGUUG